CCCUCCCCGGCCUGGCUUCCGCCUGCUCCUGUCACCCCCGUGCUCGGGCUGCCCUCUGCAGUGCCUGAUUGCACUGGCAAUCUCGUGGCUCGAGCACAGAUCUGAGCACCGAGAGCACAUUGUGCAAACGUUCCUAAAGUCCUGGCCACCCCUCGUCCUAGUCAUGUCUGACUGUCACGCUCCAGAAGGAGAUUGUAGCUCAAGGCCACGCUGCGCGCAGGACAAGGAGCAUCCACGAUACCUGAUCCCAGAACUUUGCAAACAGUUCUACCAUUUGGGCUGGGUUACUGGAACUGGAGGAGGAAUUAGCUUGAAGCAUGGCAAUGAAAUCUACAUUGCUCCUUCAGGAGUGCAAAAGGAACGGAUUCAGCCUGAUGACAUGUUUGUUUGUGACAUAAACGAAAAGGACAUAAGUGGACCUCCACCAGAAAAGAAGCUUAAAAAAAGCCAGUGUACACCUCUUUUCAUGAAUGCUUACACAAUGAGAGGCGCAGGUGCAGUGAUCCAUACCCACUCGAAAGCUGCUGUCAUGGCUACCCUUCUCUUCCCAGGACGGGAGUUUCGAAUUUCUCAUCAAGAGAUGAUAAAAGGAAUUAAGAAAUGUACCUCAGGAGGAUAUUAUAGAUAUGAUGAUAUGUUAGUGGUCCCCAUUGUUGAAAAUACACCUGAGGAGAAAGAUCUCAAAGAACGAAUGGCUCGUGCAAUGGAUGAAUACCCAGACUCCUGUGCAGUGCUUGUCAGACGUCAUGGAGUAUAUGUCUGGGGAGAAACAUGGGAAAAGGCUAAAACCAUGUGUGAGUGUUACGACUAUUUGUUUGAUAUUGCUGUAUCAAUGAAGAAAAUUGGACUGAAUCCUUCAGACAUCCCAGUUUCAGAAAAUGGAAUUGUAUAAGCCAGUUGAAAGUUUAUUUGUAUACUGAGGCAAAGUUUACCCUAAUCAAUUGAAAACUUGACUGUUUUUUAAAUGAACUACAGAUUGCCAUGAAGCUAUUAAUUUGUUACCAAAGAUUGCAGAUUAUCUCCCUGAAUCUCUACUGACAUUGAAUUGUAUUUUCUUAUAUUGCUGUAAUUUUAACAACAAUGAAAUGGAAUUAAAUUUUUAUAAUGGUU